AUGCCACUAGGUAUUCUCGAUGAUGAUACUGUGGAGCAUAUUCCAGGCACUGCCCCUCUCAAUGGCUUUCACGUCUCUGAUGUCUAUGCAGGCAUAGAGCCCAGUCUUCUCAAGCACGAUUCCACCGGGCAAAUUGUUUUGGUUCCUCAGCCGUCAGACUCACCAAACGACCCCUAUAAUUGGCCUAGGGUAAAGAAAGAGCUAUUCACGAUCACUUAUGGCUGGAGUUGUGGAUGUGUUGGAGCCGUCGGUCCACUCCUCGGUGGAGCAUUCGUUCCACUUGCCAAAGAAUUCGGCGUAUCGCUGUCAACCUUUAUUUCUGCAGUACAAGGUGGUGCAAUCGUGGCUAUUGCUGUUGGAAGUCUCUUGUUCAACUCUCUUGCUGUGAAAUAUGGCAAACGCCCAGUUUAUCUUGGCACAACUGUGGGCUUAAUGAUCUCAUGCUUUUGGGCAGCCGAAGCGAAAAGCUUCGAAUCCUUCGUCGCAGCACGGGUAUUCUGUGGUCUAUGUAUGGCGCCGAUGGAGGCUUUAGUCCCAGCCUCAAUAGCCGACAUUUGGUUUGUUCACGAGCGUGGACUACGUACAGCUAUUUUCAACCUUGGUGUACUAGGAGGAAUCAACUUAGCGGUACCGAUCGCUGCUGCUAUUAUUGAAUAUGGAUCGUAUCGAAUUGCGCUUCAUGCCAUGGGCGGUGCCUUCGGUUUAUCACUGAUCAUGGUCAUAUUCUGGAUGCCUGAAUCCGCGUAUUCGAGAGAGACCUUCAACAUUGACACUGGGGACACUAAUAUGAAGAUCGAAGGGAAGGGAAGUAGUUUGGAACAACUUGAAAACUCUCCAGGUGCCGGUAAUCAGCAAAACGUCACUCGGGUCUCUUGGAUUGAAGAGCUAUCACCAUACAGCGGUUACGUGAAUGGUGUCUCUUUCUGGAAUACUCUCAUUCGGCCAUUCUAUCUCUUAGCUUCGCCAUCCGUCCUUUGGGCUGUCCUGCUUUUCACCACUUGUAUCUCGUGGCUGGUUGGAAUAUCUCUCACUCUCUCUCAGAUAUUCUCAGCACCUCCAUAUAAUUUCUCAGUCGUGGGUGUUGGAGCAACAAAUCUGUCUUCCUUCGUUGCCUCCAUUCUAGGUACACUGGCUGCAGGACCCUUGAUCGAUGGCUUAAUCACUCGGAUGUCUAGAAUGAAUGGCGGUGUAUUUGAACCCGAGUUCCGUCUUCCAAUCAUGGUCACGUAUCUCCUGUUUACUUCGACCGGCUUCUUUGCCUGGGGGCAAUCCUCGUUUGCGCAGGAUCCAUGGCCAGUUCCUGUCAUCGUAUGCCUGGGCCUGAUCAACUUUGGAGUUCAGCUGGGAACAACUGGAGUCGUCACUUACGUUGUAGAUUGUCACCGUGAAAAGGCUGGCGAAGCAUUUGCUGCCAUGAAUUUCAUCAAGAACCUUUUUGCGUUUGGCUUAAGCUUCUACAUCAACGAUUGGAUUGCUAAUCAGGGUGUUCGCGGCUGUUUCUUUGCCAUUGGUGGCAUCACCAUGGGUGUCACACUUUUCACCAUUCCGAUGUAUAUUUUCGGAAAGCGCGCCCGGGCCUGGGUCCAUCGCCACGGAAUUGUUGAUAGGCUGUGA